AUGCCAUCCUCCCUGCACGACGCCUACAUGCAGGCCGCCAUGGCUGAGACGGCUCUCAGGACCGUGGCGAAUCCGCACGACCAGGCGCUCGCUGCCCUUGGCGUCCAUCCUGCCCUCCACCAGGCCUCCAGUGUCCCUCUACAGAGCGGGCUCGUCAACCCGCACGACUUUCCAUCGCGUUUCAAUAAUGGUUUUGUAAACACUGCGCUGCAGAGCGACUGCAACGGAGGGGGUCUCACGCCGGCGCAGCAGCAGUACCUGGAGGCUGAAGUGCUGUAUGAAGCGGCGCUUCACAACCUUCGCACCCACCAGGUCCAGGACGAUCGCCAGGCGCUUCUUGCCUCUCUGCCCCUGUGGAACGCCCCCUUGGGUCCACUGCAGGCAGAGGGCCAGGCAGCGCAACUUUAUCUGCCCCAGCAGUUGGCAGCGCUGAGGCCGCAGCCGCAGCAGCAGCCGCAGCAAAGAAGGAGAGGCCGCCGUGGAGGGGUCAGGCAGCACGCCUACAGGAACGGUCAAGCCUUCGCCAAUCGCCCCAAUGGGCCAAGGCCGCAGGGCCAACCUGCCCAGGCGCCAGGUCCCUCCCCGGCCCCUGAAACGGCGGCUGAGCAGCAGAUCGCAGCGGCCGCCAUCUCUGGAGGCACGGGCGUGUUUCUCCCCAACCGUCCGCAGCCACUGCUGCAGCCCACACGCAAGCCGGCCCCGGGUGCGCCCAUGUCAGCGCCGUUGCCCAUGUCCAGGGCGGCAGCCAUCAGCAAGGCCAGGAUCCAGGCGGCCGCCAAUGCAGCGGCGGGCAUGCCGGUGCCCUCGGCCGCCUACGUGCCCACGAGCGCUGACCUGGCGGCCAGCGUGCGCCUGGCAGCCAGCGGGCAGCUGGUGCACGGCGCCAGCAGCCUGCCCCACAGCGCCUUCUUCUUGCAGGACCCCUUCCUCAGCGGCAACAGCAGCCUUGCUAGCACCAUCUACACCCCCAACGGCACACAGGACAUGCAGGGCUUGAUCAGCCAGCUCAGCGGCGCGCUCAGCGGCGCGACGACGGGAUCGGGCCGCGCAUCGCCGCGGCUGACCCCGAUGACGACGCCGCGCGCAUCGGAGGGGACGGCGGCCGCCCUGCGCGAGCUUAUCUACUCCACCAGCGAGGACAGCAGCCACUCCAGCGCCAAUGACCUCCUCAUCUCCCACGACGCCGCCGCCCUGCUCCGCGCCGCCUCGGCCGGAGGGAGCCUGGGACCAUCGCAAAGCAUGCUCAACCUGUACAACAUGCGCACCAGCGCUGCCGACGCCCGACAGUGCCCGUCUGCCCCGGCUGGGCCGCCCUCGCGCACCGGCGGCGACGUCUUCGGCCACCUGUGGGACACCUGA